GCGCAUCAAAGUCUUUGUGUGUCUGUGCAGGGACUGCCGCGUGUGUACUCGAGCACGGGGGGUCAUCCGCGGCGACCUGCCAACAGGUGAGAAUACGACACACACAUGCAUCCAUCCAUCCAUCCACCCACACAGACUGACAGACGGGCUGAUAGAUAUAUAUGUGUGUGUGCCGUCAGCGUGAGCGUGAGCAGCGGCACAAGGAGAGCGUGGCCAGGCGGAAGCGCGAAAAAAGUGAGCAAGUGUUGCCAGCCGCAACACAUCAGAGUCCACAAUGACUGACACGUUCCUGUUGUGUCGGUCUUUAUGUCUGUCUGUCUGAUUGUCUGUGUCUGUGUGUGUCAGGUUGCUGUAUCAGAGGACGCGGCGAGGCCAGCCUGUCACAGUGAUGAAGGGACUGCUCACGGCCAUGCUCAACAAAGUCAGCAAACACGACUGACUGAACGACUCUCAUGAAGAUCCAUCACCUAAAUCGUUGCUAGGCUGACUUGACCGACCAUGGCAUGCAGCACACAUACGCAUGGCUGCCGCAUAUAUAUGCGUGCGGGGGCCCGUUAUAUAAACCAGCUUUCGUGUGUGUGUGUCCAAAGAUAGAUAGAUGCGGAAGAAGGGCAGAGGGAGACAGAUGGAAUGGCAGCUCUAGCUAUCUGAGACAUACAAAAGUCCCCACCACCACCACCGCGCGCAACCCGACUGACUGCCUGACUGCAUUGCCAGACGAAACCACACGCGUGCAUGAAUCGAUUCAUGACUUGACAGACAGACAGACAGACAGACAGUGACACAGACAUCGAGAGGAGACAGACUGCGAGAUGAGAGCAGCAUAGAACACCGACGACACAUACCCACUCUGACUCGUCCCAUCUAUCACAUGCAUGUCUGCAUGCAUGCAUCCGUUGUCCCGUUGCCAUCCAUGUCUGCACGCCGUCUCCCUUCUCAUGCUCUGAUGGUCUCUCUCUCCCUCCGCCACACGCGCUGCGACGCUCUCAACCUCUCCAACACACUGAGAGCUCAGCGGUCGGUGUGUGCGUGUAAGGGAGCCCAUCAUGGCAAGCACCAGACGGCAGCCCAGCGACCAUUGUCUGAAAAGAGGCGAGAAUGCACGCAGCUCUAGAUCUCUGGGGAUGAUGGGGUGUGUAAGUGUCUGCCCGUGUUGUCCCGCGCCACCCGCCCGAACACACACCGCCAGCUAGGCAAGCGAAACGAGGUCAAACAGCUUGUGCACUCGCACCGCAAGUUUUCAACAUGAUCAACAAGACUCUCCUUACCGACAGACACAUCAAACUUUCUUUUGGGCUCUCUUGUCUUUGUUUAGCCUCGGCUCGUCUGCCAGGCAAGACGACACGCAGUGAGCCUGCAAUGGGGCACCCGCUGGCUCACGGCGUAUCGACACAACCAGACAGUAGGCCAGGCUCUCAAUCGCCGAUCAGUCAGUCAGUCAGUCAGGAGAAGGGCAUGAAAUGCCACAUGCAUGCAUGCAGGACAGACAGAACCGUUUGGUUGGUCCGUUGGCGGCGGCAAUAAUCAUCCUUAUAAAACCAUACCAUACACACGUGCUACGCCCUCACACACAGCAAGCACACACACACACACACACACAUACACACAGAGAGAGAGAGAGAUGCAUCAAAAAAUGUUGUGCAUCCGUCGACCAAAAAUGUCGUGGUGGCGAGAACGAAAAUGGACCUGUCGGUCGAUCGACCGACGCGUGCAUAUGCGAUAGCAUCACCAGUCAGUCAGGUCAGGUUCUCCGCCUGAUGGGCUUCACUCUCAGGCCCCUCGGCUUGUAACUGACGACGCCACACGUGCGUCCCACACAGCCAGCCAGCAUCCCUGUGUGUGUUGGUUGCUCUGUCUGUCUGUCUGUCUGUCUGUCGGUGGGCGUUGCUUACGUGAUGGCGAAGUACGGCUCUGGCUCUGCGGUGACAUCGAACUCAUACCGACGGAGCAGCCCAGCAAGGGUCAGACGAAUCUGUGGCAGUCACGCACAGACACACACACGCGCGCACCGCCCCAGGGGCAUGCAGGACGAUCGGCCAAAGCUUCGAGUGUGUUUGUGCGUGCGGCCUCACUGCACUGCCCCCACCCACCUCGAUGGUGGCCAAGUUCUGCCCAAUGCAGGCUCUCGGGCCGAUGCCGAACGGCCGCAGCACAUUGUUGUAGACCUUGAGCUGCUCCUCGCUGCUCUCCAGCCACCGCUCGGGACGAAAGGCCUUACCGUCACCCCAACUGUGAGUUCAUCACCCACCCACCCACCACAAGGGGGGAUACCACAAAACAGCACACACACACGCAACAACACGUUGCACGUGUGUGUGCGUCUCGUCUUGUCUUUGGGGUGUCGGUAUGUGUGUGGGUGUGUAUGUGUAUCUGUGGUACAUGCAUACAUACACACGUACAUGUCGGCGGCGGUGAAUGCCGGGAGGAAGGGGAAGGCGAUGUCGUAUCCGGCGGGGAUGUAGUAGUCGACCCCCUUCGAUGUCAACUUGACGCUUCGGUCGAGGGUGCGGAAUUGACCGUUGGACGCCACCGUCGUGCUGGCAGGGGGGCAGGGAGAGAGAAGGGGACACGGACGCAAACACACACACACACACACGUGCAUGUAUAUGUAUAUAUAUAUAUAUAUGUGAGUGUGUGUAUAUAUAUAUAUGUAUACAUAUACAUGCACGUGUGUGUGUGUGUGUGUGUGUUCGCAUACAUACACAUACAUUCUCAUGAGCUCUUUGACGCAGGCAUUGAAGUACUUGAGGUCUGACAGCUCCUCAUACGUAGGGAAUGGGCCCACGAAACUGGCGCCAUCCAACUCCUGCACACACACACACAUAUACACAGAGAGAGAGAAAGGCGGAAGGGACGCCCAUCUAGAGGCGCUUAAGAUCUGUCGCUGCGUCUGUCCUCAUGUGUGAGUGUCAUGUGUCGUGUGUCGGACCUCUUGGAGCUUCUUGAGCACACGGGGAUUGCUGCCGAGGUGAUAGAUGCCCCACGCCAAAGUAUAACCAGUAGUGUCAUGCCUGUCAGACACAACACGGCCACUCUGUAUGGCGACCGGUACUUAGUUCGUGCGGGCCGUCGCCUCGCCGUCCGACAUCUUACUUACCCGGCGUUGAUCAGAGUGUAGAUGUCGGAGAGGCGAGCAAACUCGGUCUCAUAGGGAGCGUUGUGGAUGUAGGACAUGAUCGACGUCGGCUGCCACCAGGCUUUUUCGUUCAUUCAUUCAAGCGUGUGUUGGCGCCGUGUUGUGUUGUGUUGUGUGUGUAUCUCCCUCUCUUUUUUGCGUACGUCUCUUUGUUCGGCGGGCGUGUUGAGGUAAUGUUGGUAGAUGCGCUGGACGAUCUCGCGGUAGGUCUGCUGUGCGUCGUUGAACUUGCGCAUUCCAUCGUUCCACGGCAUGUAGGGCCUGCACGCUCAGACCACAAACACACACACACGAUAUCCGAGCGACGAGGGAGCGUGUGUGUGUGCGCGUGUCAAUCAACGCAUGUGCGACUGCCAAGCAUAGCAUACCUGAAAGGGUUCAGGACCUGUUGGGCGAACUCCUUGAAUAUGGUGUCGACGCUCUCGAGAAUGGCCAGCGCCUCGCCAUUGCGCUCCUCGUCGAAGGCGUGGAACGGAUACCUUCCGGCAAGAAUAUGUCAAAACAACGAUCACAAAAAACACGUUCAAUACUAGAUGCACAUGGCUAAGACACGCACGCACGCACGCACACAAACAAACGCACCCAAGUGCGAUUUCGCCUAUGACGUCGAUCGUAACCGGACGGCCCACUGGUCCAUGGGCACCGACACGCCCUUCUCGGCCGCACUGUCCAGCGCGUCGCAGAAGCCGCCCAGCACACGAUGGUACGCGGGGACCUUGCUGGCAAGCACCUUGGUGCUGCGCACACACACACACAUACCACACACGCACACGCGACACAUACAUAGCCAGAUGAAGACAAAAAAAUGCAUGUGUGUGUUGACGUAGGGGUGUGUGUGUGGGUGUGGGUGGGUGGGUGGGUGUUAGUGAUCACUCACGCGAAUGCGGGGGCUAGUGCCUUACGAAUGGGGUGCCAGCCCUCGCCUGUGGUCUUGCGCGAGAAGAUGGAGACGUCCCUCGGUGUGAACGGGCCACGGCGGCGGAGGUCGAAGCUCUUGAAGAGCGAGGUCUUCUCGAGACCAUCUGAUGCACCACAGUAACACACACACACACACACACACACAGAUGCAUGAGUGCAUCCAGUGUGCAAAUGUGAUUUGGGGAGGACAUCACACACACACACACACACCUGCCCCGAGCAGCUCUGGGAAGCAGCUCCAGUCCGUGCAGACGUAGACACGCUUGCCCAGCGGCAGCUGAUAACAAAACACCUCGCUCUUCAACUCAUCGCGCCACUGCUCGUAUCUGACCACACACAUAUCACACGCAAACACACAAUUGAGCCAGGCCGCUGUGUGUUGUCUCUCAAUCGAGCGGGCCGGCUCACAGGUGCGGCACUUUGGGGUCUGCGAAAAGUGCGAGAGACUCGGUGACGGACAUCGGCACACGGGGCGGGUCGCGCAGCGCCUUCCUCUCCUCGGCGGUGAUCUCAUGCACGGGUCUGGUCCCCUGCUUAGCGGCGGUGGCGGCAUCUUUGGUUGUGUUGCUGUUUGUGGCGGCCUGGGCCCUCUUGCGGUGCAGCCGUAUGAGCUCCUCGAGGCCGACGAGGCACACCACGGCCGCCGAGAUGCCGGCAAGUGGCAGCAGAGAGGAGGAGGGAGAGGGGUCAGGCGGCUGUGGCUGGCAUGACGAUUGAUUGAACACUCUCCGUCGGCUGGAAUGACCAGAUCUGCCAACUGAAAGGCCAAUAAGAGGGGCUGACAGAUCUUCCGCGGACAGAUCUUUCGCAGCUUGGCUGUCAAACAGCUCGCAAUCCGGGGGUCACGAAGGUCCGAUCGCCAAACCCUAGUGGGGCCAGGCCCCACCUCUUUCUCUGGCACGUCCAUCUGGUGCAU